CCCCAGGGAACUGCUGGUUCAUCUGCCAGAAGCUGCCCAGGAGCUUCAGGGAGUGUGCAGCAGAGUCCUGGGGCUGCUCACCUCCAAACAAUGCUGCUCAGCUCCCCAGCCACAGCGAGGUUGGUGUCUGACACCUACCUGGCCAAACUCCUGGCAGGGCUGGGUAGCCUCCGCUCCCAGAGAGCUCUGUGUGACGUGACCCUGGAGGCAGAAGGGGUUCACUUUCCAGCCCACAAGGUCAUUUUAGCAUCAGCGAGUAAUUACUGCAAGAUCCUGUUUGCUGGAAGCUUGUCAAGAGUAAGGAACCCAGAUGGCAACAUUCAGCUGAAAGCUGUCAGUGCUGCUGGGCUGAGAAACGUUCUCAACUUCAUUUACUCCAACCAACUGGAGCUCUCCUUGCAGAACAUUGAGGAGACCUUCAAAGCUGCAGAAACCCUCCUGGUUCGGGAGGUGAUCAAGCUGUGCUUUCACUUUCUGGAGGGCUGCUUGAACUCUGAGAACUGCAUGGAUGUCCUUAACAUUGCUAAAAAACUGGGCCCGGAAGAGCUGAGACAGAAAGCCAUGUGCUAUGUAGGGCAGCAGUACCAACAGAUCCUGGCUGAUCCUCAGUGCUUGAAAGACCUGGACCGAGAAACCCUUUGUGAAAUUUUAGCCAGGACAGACACAUCAGGAUGCAGUGAGCUGGAGCUGUUCCAAGCAGCAGUGAGUUGGCUGCAGCACGACUGCAUGAGGCUGAAAGAUGCAGCAGAUGUUUUAAGGCACAUAAGAUUCCCUCUCAUUCCUCUACGGGAUCUGCAGAGAUACAUCCAGCAAGUGCCUCUUCUGAGGCUGGAUUCAGGCUGCCACAGGUACCUGCAGGAGGCCCUGAGUUACCACUCCCAGCUCUAUGCUCAGCCCAUCCUGCAAAGCCAGAGCACCAGCAUCCGUGCUGGAUCCACCCUGCUGCUUGUGGCUGGUGGCAGAACCACUGACAAUGACACGAGUGGAGAGAUGUGGGCUGCAGAUCAAACCUGCACCACCUGGCACAAGGUUGGGGAGCUCUGUGUGCCAGUCUACAACCACUGUGUUGUCAUCCUCAGUGACUUCCUCUUUGUCAUCGGGGGGCAGUGCAAGUUUGAUCCCACAGGAAAGCAACCAACCAACGAGGUUUUCCGAUUUGAUCCCCGCAACAAUUCCUGGCUCCAGGUUGCCAGCAUGCUGGAGAGGAGGACACGUUUCCAUGCAGAGGUGCUGUCUGGUCACAUCUGUGCUGUAGGUGGGGGGACACUGCUGGGGAGCCUCACCUGCACUGUGGAGCUGUACCAGCCUGCUGACAACACGUGGGACUUUGCAGCUCCUUUCCCCGUGCCUAUUGCUGAUCAUGCAGGCACAACCCACAAGGGAAUCCUCUACAUUUCAGGGGGCUUCUCUGGGGGUAAAACCCUAGGAGACACUUACAGCUACCUCCCUCACCUCCGACGCUGGGUCAGCAACAGUGCCAUGGCUUUCACCCGCUGUGACCAUGGGAUGGCAACAGUCAGGGACAGGAUCUUCUGCAUUGGAGGAAGGACACUAAAAGGAGCAGAGGACUGGAUUCCUGUCAGUGAGAUGGAAUGCUACUGUCCUGUAAGCAAUCAGUGGACAACACUGACACUGUCCCCUCCCUUCAACUGCUGCCAAUUCAGCAUCACAGCCCACGAGGCUACCCUCUACCUGGCAGGAGGGGGGUCACUGCAGAACAUGCAGAAAGAAGACAGUGUUUUCCUGUAUGACACAGAGAGGAGGGUAUGGAAGAAAGGCAGUCCCCUGCCUAAAGCUCUGGUGGAUCACACCUCUUGCAUGAUCAAACUGCCCCAGAUGAAUGUAGCUGGGGAGAUGAGGAGAGGCACAAAGUACACCCCCAUGGGUGUCUGGAAGAAAUCGACCUGCAGCUUGUCCAUCACAAAGAAACAAGAGUCACCCUCUGCCUCAGAGAAGAAGUAG